CCUGGCGAGGACUCGGCGGCCGCGGUGGAACGUGCAGGAGUGGGCGAGGAGGAGAAGCAGGAGGGCUUGGCUCAGCAGGCAAAAGAAAGACUGAACAAAGGGGAGGAAACCAACAAAGAUAACUUUGGAAGCACUGAAUGCGGCAAAAUAAGAACAAUGGAUCUCAAGUUCAACAGCUCCAGGAAAUAUAUUUCUAUCACUGUCCCGUCCAAAACCCAAGCAAUGUCGCCACACAUCAAGUCGAUAGAUGAUACUGUAGUGCUUGGCAUAAAUCUCAGCAGAUUUAACAAACUUACUCAAUUUUUCAUAUGUGUUGCUGGAGUUUUGGUAUUUUACCUAAUUUAUGGAUAUUUACAGGAAUUAAUGUUUUCAGUGGAGGGUUUUAAGCCCUAUGGCUGGUACCUUACUUUAGUGCAGUUUGCAUUUUACUCCAUAUUUGGCCUAAUAGAGCUUCAGCUUAUUCAGGACAAAAGGAGAAGAAUACCAGGAAAAACCUACAUGAUAAUAGCUUUUCUAACUGUGGGUACUAUGGGGUUAUCAAACACUUCCUUGGGCUACCUGAAUUAUCCUACCCAAGUCAUCUUCAAGUGCUGCAAAUUGAUUCCUGUUAUGUUAGGAGGAGUUUUUAUUCAAGGAAAGCGUUACAAUGUUGCUGAUGUGUCUGCUGCCUUGUGCAUGAGCCUCGGCCUGAUACGGUUUACCCUAGCCAACAGCACAGUUGCACCAAAUUUCAACCUGACAGGUGUGAUCCUCAUCUCCCUGGCACUAUGUGCAGAUGACGUCAUUGGAAAUGUCCAAGAGAAAGCUAUGAAACUUCAUAAUGCUUCUAAUUCAGAAAUGGUUUUAUAUUCGUAUUCAAUCGGUUUUGUGUACAUUUUAUUGGGAUUGACAUGCACUAGUGGAUUAGGCCCUGCAGUAACAUUUUGUUCAAAGGAUCCAGUUCGGACCUAUGGUUAUGCUUUCCUUUUUUCCCUCACUGGGUAUUUUGGAAUCUCUUUUGUUCUGGCUUUGAUUAAAAUUUUUGGUGCACUUUUUGCUGUAACAGUGACAACGGGGAGAAAAGGAAUGACCAUUGUCCUUUCAUUUAUAUUCUUUGCCAAACCAUUCACAUUUCAGUAUGUAUGGUCUGGUUUGUUAGUUAUCCUUGGUAUAUUUCUCAAUGUUUACAGCAAAAAUAUGGACAAAAUAAGACUCCCAUCGCUGUAUGAUGUGAUAAACAAAACAGCGGAAGUGAGGUGGUCAGGGACGUUGGCACAGACUGUCUAGGCAGCGAUUCGCUUUAUAACGUAGAAUUAAUUCAUCAAUCAAUUAACUUUCCAAAGGGACUUUUAUAAAAACCAGAGGCUCUGAAGGCAUGCUGUCAUUUGUGGAUGGAUUACAUGUGAAGUUGCCCUUUCUUCAGAACCCUUGUUGGACUGUUUAACUUCCAAAGCAAUCAAAAGAGCCACACCCGGCACACCUUAGAAUAAAACGUCAAGAUGAAGGACCGUGACGCUUACAGUCUGUUGAGAAUUUCACUGGAAAUGGACCAUGUUGCAAGAAAAA